CUUGCCUGUUCAUUCGAUCCAUGGGCUUGCCAUACUCCGUAUCGUCGUCCAUGACACGUCUUCCGUGACGGUGAAUUGGUACCUUCCUAAGCCCCAAAUUCUCUUGGCCUUCUCUCGCCGACGCCACAAGAAAAAAAAGGGCAGUCAUAGUCUUCUCUGCCCUGCCGAAACCUGUCUCCGUCCACCAACAAAACGCCGAUUGUGCCACCUUUGGGCCUCUCUCGCUCCAAGGCGAGAUACGGUAGAGCACGUAGCGUAGACGUGCAUGGUGACCUAUUGAACUUCACAUGCGACCUGGCUCAUUGUUGAGACAGCUAGAGGUGACGGGAGCGUGGACUCGUACUCGAGGCUCCUUCCGAUCUCCUCACUUCAACGUCUGUUUCACAUCCUUUCAUCAGAUCAUCGACUUGGGUACGAGCACGAUUACACCAUUACUACUGCCGGCGCAAAGCCUGCGAGCCUGCCAGCUUGCCAGCCUGCCUUUGUCAAUCGCAGCUCCCCAAGAAAAUCCCGGAACUCUGGCAGCGGCAUCUGUGCGACGAAGACGCACUCCCCUGCCGCUCUUAUAUCGUAGACGCAUUCGCAAGGGAGCUCUCGUUAGGCCGACGACACCAGUAGAACCAAUCCCCAAAAAUCCACCCAGCACCAACAGAGUAGGUCAAAUACCAUUGAGGCAGGUCAGUUCCUGACGACAACGCUAGUGGAGCUUGACAGGCCACCAGACUCGCCAAAAGCUCAACCCUAGCCCCUGGAAUAUCACCAUUGCUAAGGCUCCCUUUCUUCUUUCAACCCAUCACGAUAGGACCGUAAACCGUCCAGUCCUUGCUUAGGCCCGGCUGCUAAGUGCCUCUUUUGCGCUGGUUAGGGUUUGGUAGAAGACGUCGGAUCUUUGACUUUUCUUCGCCUCAGAACUGGCACUUUUCGAAGCUUUUUUGCUGCUAAUUGGCCUUGACCAUCGACCACUGCGUGUUAGAAGACCCAGCAUGGCAAAUCCUAGUUAUGAGGAAGCAAUUCGACGGGUGAGCAAUGUCGAGAUAUAUCCAUCGCAUCCUGGCGAGAGGCCUGUGACCCAGAAUUCCUCGCCAUCACAUCAAUUGAGUUCUGCCAGCUCCUAUGCCGACCUAAAUUAUCUAUUUGGAGCUCAGGAUCCUGCAAUGAUUAUACAAAAGCCUGGGCGAAAUCGUCGAAAAUCAACCCAAGGAUCCGAAAAAACCAAACAUCGUCGAACUCGUUCAGGUUGCUACACAUGCAGAAGUCGGAGAGUAAAGGUAAGACAUCCGGUUUUUAUGUUGGGACAGUUGCCUAAACUGCCUCAUUGUCCAUGUUUCCCAAAUAUGGGAAUGGUCAAAUCAUUAUUCGAAAAGGCUUAGAAGGACUAAGGAAUCAUGGUUCUGGUUUUUCUAAGCUUAUUCGCACAAUGAUAUUGGUCUCCCCUGGACUUAAAGCCUGGAAAAUGGAUAUAUGACGAGCAAUCACCAGUCUAUGGACUAUGAAAUGACUCUUCUCGUGGCAUUUGCUAACACAAAUUAGUGCGACGAAGCACAUCCUACAUGUGAAAGUAAGAAGUUCCAGCCUGACAACAACCAUGAGACAUCCAAAUUGACACAAUUCCAGGGUGCAGGAAAGGUGGGCGAGAAUGUGUCUACCCUGAACCACCUACAUCAAAAGGGGGUGGCUCAAGACUACAACAAGACGUGCAUCAGGAAAGUCCCGGCUCGUCGUCGGAUGAAGAUGAAGGAGGCCCUCAACGAAACCUGAAAACUGUGCCAGACGAAAAUGCGUCCCAAAGUCUGAAGCCUACAGGACCCCAACAAGCUGACGCCGGCAAAUUUUCUGGUGAAAUAAAACGAAGCAGUUCGGAAACACCUUCGUUAGUACAAGACAAGGGCUCGUCACCUACUCCAUCUAGUGAAGGCUCCACGGGUUACUCCUCAUAUCAAAGUCUCAUGGAUUCCCGACUACCAAGGCAAGCUGGAUCAGAAAAGGUGGAUUGGAAUCAUCUGCCGUCAGAUCUCCAAUUCUACUUGGAUUAUUUUUACGAAAACAUCACCCAUCUGCAUUACUCGCUCAAGUAUGAUUCCGAAGAUUUCAUACGCACAAGGCUCUUGGAUAUUGCUUUGCAAAAUGAGCCUUUGCUAUAUGCAAUAGUUGGCUUCUCGGCCUUUCAGAGAACACUCCAAAUCUCAGGCGGAAAGAUCCAGGACUUCCUUCAAUACUACAACAAAUCUGUUUCACUUCUUUUGAGAUCACUGAAAAGGGGCGACCGACAUAGUCAUGGAACCAUCUUGGCAAUGUUACAGUUGGCAACCAUAGAGGUAUUUACAAACCCGUAUACAUUUUCCUUCGUCUAACGCAUCGUAGGAGUUUCUUGGAGACUGGGUAAAUCUGAUUGGCCAUCAGAAGGCGGCAUACCGGAUCUUGACAGAGUUGUACACGCCACAUACCAUCAUGCAGAGUUCAAUGACGCGUAUUAUCUUGGAAUGGUAUGUGCGAUUUGACGUUUUUGCUGGGUUGUUGGGUGGCUUUGAGACGGUUCUCUCGAGAGAAUGGUUCUCGACUUCCUUCGAUUUCUACCACUGCAAGGUAGAAACUGAGCCAACAGUGCUGCAUUGGAAAAUCGAAGCCGCUGUCUCCCAGUGCCGUCUUGUGGCAACCGACAUGUCACUUCUGUUCGCCAAAAUGGGAAAGGGGGAGAUAUCUAUUGAGCAAUUUAUGGUUGAGAAUGCACAGAUUGGCACGAGGAUUGAAGAAUGGCAAACCAAGAUGGAUCCUGCUCUUAUGGACGACCGCUACAAGGUUAAUGACUUCAGCGGAGCUCCUCCUCGAGAUCCGAACGACAUUGUGGAUCCUUACAUACCUGGCAUUAUCUAUAGCGGCCCGUUGUACGCAAUGAAUGUGGCUUCCAUUGACUGGCAUUCCAUUGAUCUGAUGCAUAGAUAUCAGACUGCUUCAACAACUCAGACACAGCCAAGCGCUGAUAUUGUUCACAAGGCUUAUGUGAGCUGUCAACUAUUCGAAGCAAUGGAGUUAUGGCCUGGCAGUCCACCUGGAACUAUAGCGGCAUGUCAGGCAAGCAUUGCGAUCAGUGUUUUGUUUCUGCCAAAAGACGACAGACAUUCUAUGUGGGCGCGGAGGAAGCUAUCUGUUGUUGAGAGUAAUGGGUGAGUGCAUUGGCGAAUCACUUUCUGAGAAUUUUACUGAUUGCUCCAACAGUUAUAUUUACCCUUAUACUUUCCGAAAGAAAAUGGCCGGCCUCUUCCACGAUGAAAGCUGCAUGCGUUGGUGGCACCCCAACGAUGAAGGCUACCCUACAAUCAUACGGUCUAUUCGCAAAUUCGUUGAAGAGCGGUCUUCAGCGCCCAAAGAUCUACCUGCGGAAGGUUUACGCGACAUGAAAAGUAUUUUUGCAUCGAUGAAUCUCGAAGACAAAGAGGCUGACGCCAAAUCUGGGGUAUACGCAGGACAGAGGGGUCCGCAAAUACAACCUGCGUCAGAUCAAGUGCAAGAAAUGGCUGGUGUGGUUGGAGAUGGAACUUAUGAUUUUGGUUAUGAUUCAACACGGAGGUCAAGUACCCAGCACAGUGAAAGUUUUUGACUCAUAUCAAAAUGAAACAUCGAGGGAAGCCUGCCGAAGUUUUUCUGCUGAACAUCAAUUCAAAUGACUGAGAAAAAGAUACAACAGUUCCAAAAUUCUGACAUCCCAGCUUUCCACAGCAAUGACUGCUGGUGGCCUGUCGACCCGUAUCUUUGACCAAAGGUGGUUCUUGGAAAAGCAUGCAGUGUCGAAAGCGUGGAGUGAUAGAAGAGUAUAUAAGGCAUAUAUGAUAUGUAAAGUGUUUGGAUGAGUAGAAGGAUGGAUUUGGGGAUGACGUACGAGUAUAAGGGACUUGAAUGUAGAGUUUGCGCCGCUAUGUGAGGCAACUCAAGUCAGGAGGAUGUUAUACUUGAAUGCCUCGAACAACUAAACCAAGUGUGCUGUUAGUUUAGACUAAUUAAGAGAAAGACCUAAAAUUUCCCUGAAUAUACCCCCAGUCUUCUAAUAUGUCUCCAGCAUGUUUACAGUUUUACAAAGUGCCUGCUUUUACAAGCGUUACCACAUCAAUAUGGUUGUGGCAGUGUCCAAAUCAAUAUGGAUUUCACUGUUUUGUGUAUGAUUUCUUUCCUAAUGCUCAGAAAAGGAAAGAAAAAGAUGAAGAGAAAAGUACAAGGAGAGGUCUUUGGGUUAUUGAAAAUCUUGUGGCCUAAGAUCUGAGGGUAGGGGUAGGUGGAAUUGAGCCGACCACUAACGCCAAUCGGACGUAGUCAUGCAAGCUGUUCCCCAUGUAAUUGCAACUGGGCAUCAGAACUGCCUAGAUAGAUUCCAAACUCACAGCCUUCUCCUGAUCCGCACACAUAUCCGAUCUCUCUCUUCCUCUCUGCGAAUUCUAGAAUCACAACGACCUAAAAAAAACCACCACCAUGAAUCGGCCAGGUAUGAUCGCCCGUCAAAUGCUGUCGUCUUUCCCCAGGAGCCCCGCUGCCGCUGCGUAUGUUCAUCUCUGGGAGGGCUGGCUUGUCCUUGUGGGGGUUUGUGGAGGAGCUAUUGCUUUCUACCAGCGCAAAUGCUUCUUUUGAUGAUUAGAAUUGCUUAUGUUCCUGUUGUUCAACAAUUGUUGAAGCAUUGCUAGAGCACAAGGUCCCCUUCUGGCUUUGCGACAACCGAUCUCCCCAACUCACGCGACUUGCGCUGAGAAGUCUGAGAAGUCUCAUCAAAUCCCAGAAACCUUGAGAAACGUUCAUGUGUUUGGGAAAGAGCUGAGGAGCGAUUGUUGGUCUGGCGUGGGAGGCUGCGCCUCAAAAGAAUACCUACCGCAUCAACCAACCGACCUACCUUCGGCUUUCACCAUUUGUUAUUAGCUUUCUUGUUUUACAGACCCGUCCACUGACCAGAGAAUCUUCAUACAUAGCUGUCGGACCCCAAUCUCUUCGCGGCCUUUCAAACGGCUUCCCAAGCCAACAACAAUUACCCCAGAACCGCAGCAUAUCAGGAAGAUUACCCCCAGGUGGAAAGAUGGGUAUGGAUGCUCCGUGGGCUUGAGAGUAGUUAUAAAGAACUGGGACAUGCGCUGACGGUAUUGGACAAUAUAGCAAGUAAUGGGGCAACAUGGGCUUUUGGUGGAGGAGUACCAAUGGGAAACGCUGGGCUAGGAAACCCUCGACCAAAUAAUGGACCUAUGACGAGCUUUGCGCAAACUAUUGGAGGCUCCUCCCAAGCAGCAGCACCUCUAGACCUUUCGUAAGUGGAUAGGAUCCUUUACGUAUGGACACUCAAAGUACAUGUUUAGAGCGAGUGUCCAUCCUAGCGGAUUGGGACCGCGCCAGAAAGUGAAUCUUCUUGUCCAGGGACUUUGACUGAUUUAUAAUACCAGAGAAUUCCCCUCAUUAUCAAACAACCAAACUCAACCAAGCCAGUCAACGUGGGCAGCUACUGGGAAUCGGAAUCUGGGACCCUCUGCGAACCUACGAAUGCAACCAUCAGCACUCUCCUCACAGCAACAACAACAGCAACAGAUGAAUACCCAACAGCAAACCCAGCAGCAGCAGCAGGACGAUUUGUUCAACUCGUCGUCGCAGUUACCCAGUAAUCAAGGUGGCUUCCGUUUUGGAAACCAAAACGCAGUUGGUCAAACAUCACAAUCCAAUACCGCUGACGAAUUCCCACCUCUCAAUCGUAAUGCCAAUGGCGAAAUUGGUCAGGAUCGUGGCUCAAGUUUAAUCCCAAAUGUCGGUUUUGGUGCUCCAGCGAACGGGUUGGGUUUUGGCUCGGCAAAUCCUCCUCAGCCGAGUCGGAACAAUGGUCUGCUGAAUGCCCUAUCAGGAAGUGGUAGAGCACCACCCGGGAACCACAUUACACCUACAGGCUUGCCAGGUAAGAAUCUGGGUGUUCCACCUCCUCCAUCUUGAACCCAGCUUAAUCUGUGACUCAGGGGCCUCAAAUCCAAGGCAACAAACUGAUCCCUCACAAGGUCAAGGUGGUGUUGGCGAAGACAGUAGCGUAAGUUGUGAAUUAUUGUCCCGUCAAAGGUGAACGUACACUAACCUCAGUUGCAGCCUUUCUCAAAUUCCCAGUUCCCAUCAACCUCGGCGCGUGAAAACACCACACCACAUCCCGCCAUGCCCUCAAGAACCAACCCUCGGCCAGAUGGCCUACCACAGCACUCUGAGAUGGCCGUUUCGCAAUCGCAUACUGCCGAGCCAGGCUCUCCAUCCUCUCAGGAUGCAGAUGAACCUGAACCUGGUCAACGAGCUCACGAUCCUCUGGCGCAUAUGUCCGGGAUCGACAAAUGGGGCUUGAAAGGAUGGUCAUUUAUGAUGAACAACUUUCCAGACUAUUCCGCUCUAGUGAAUGGAUCAAGUAUAACCAAUCUGGGCUUUGACCUCACCUCUCCUGAGUAAGUAAACACGCCUGUAGGAAUGCCUGCUGCGCAGCGAUUCUAACGGAUUCUUAGACCAUUCUCCGGCGAGGUAUAUUCUGUAUGGGAUAACGAGCCAAGUCGACCUGCCAUUCCUCAAUUCUCUAUACCUGAAUGCUACCGUGUACACAAUGUCAAUUCUUUGGAGAGCAAGAUACAAAACUUCAAUGACGAGGCCUUAAUCUUUAUGUUCUACAGCAAUCCUGGCGACAUCCAACAGGUUAUGGCCGCACAAGAGCUGUAAGUCACCUUUGGGUAAUCUGCUUCUUUAGCUGCUAAUCAAAAACUCACUAGCCACACCCGCAACUGGCGAUAUCACAAGAAGCUGCAGCAAUGGCUUACAAAGGAUGAUAUGAUGGUUCCCCAAACACUUGGCAAUGGCACGGAGAGGGGCUAUUAUAUCUUUUUCGAUAUCAAGCUGUGGCAGCGAGAACGCGUAAGUUGUGAUACCCCUUGGCACUAGACGUUGGCUAAUCAAUAACCGAAAGCGUGAAUUGACAUUAAUCUACGAGGACCUCGAAAGCUUGCCGAGUGGCCCUGUUAGUCGCGUAGGCUAGUUUGAGAGUAGGAUGGUGAUGGGGUAUCUAGGACUGGGUUGGUGGCAUCACGGGCUGUAUUUUUGAUCAACAUGGGCGGAUAGUGUGGUAUAUAGCAGCGUGGGUUUAUGCGGUCAUAUCAAUGCCGUGAUCAAACAUACCUGUUCCAUGGUUACUGAAAGGACGGCGUUCAAACUCAUUCUCUGCCUUUACAUACGUUGGAGUAUGGGGCAGGCAUGCGGUUUUACUAGGCGUUGCUACAACCCGGCG